GUUGGCAAUUACCACCUCGGACAAGCCAUCGGACAAGGAACGUAUGGAAAGGUCAAGCUGGCAACGCACGCCCUCACAGGACAGCAGGUCGCUAUCAAGAUCGUCGCAAAGACUCAUGCGAGCAUCAUCACCCGAGAGAUCUAUCACUGGCGCUGUCUGUCCCACCCAAACAUCGCCCAUCUACACGAGGUCCUCACCACAGAGUCCAAGAUCUACCUGGUCACCGAGUACUGCGCUAACGGCGAGCUAUUGGAAGCUCUAAUUCGUGAUGGGCGCUGUCGCCCUGCGCUGGCCAAGCGCUGGUUCCGACAGAUCUGUCUCGCAAUCCAGUACUGCCAUUCGCGUAAGAUCGUCCACAGGGAUCUGAAGCUCGAAAACAUUUUGCUCGACAGCCAAAACAACAUCAAACUCAUAGACUUUGGUUUCACGCGCGAAUGUGAGUCCAAAAAGCUGCUCGAGUCCUACUGCGGGUCAGCAGCUUAUACUGCGCCGGAAAUCAUCGUCGGCAAGAAAUAUUCAGGACCAGAGGCGGAUAUUUGGUCUGUGGGCGUAAUCCUUUACACGCUCCUGGCGGGAUACUUACCCUUUGAUGAUGACAAUGAGGCGAUAGUACAGGACAAGAUCGUCGAUCUCGACUACGAAAUGCCUAGCGAUCUCUUCUCUCCAGAUGCUCAAGAUCUGAUUCGCAACAUUUUGAAAGAGGAACCAAAGGAACGAUUUUCAGUUGAACAAAUCCUAAAUCAUGCUUGGUGGACA